AAGGGACGGCCUGCGGGGGGAGGAGCCUUCUGGCAGACAGCAGGACAGACUGAAGGACAAACAAGCAGAGGAGAAAGAGAAAGUGGACUGGAAGUCGAUCAGCAAAGAAAAGAACAAACAACUCCACCUGAGUAGGGAUGGCCUCGUCGAUGGUGGCACGGCGGGUCCUGGCUGCUGCAUCACACGGCCAGGAGGGAGGAGCAAAGACCUGGAAGAUCCUGUCGUUCGUGGUGGCCUUGCCGGGCGUGGCUGUAUGCAUGGUCAAUGCUUACCUGAAGAUGACCUCUCACUCCCACGAGACACCAGAGUUCAUUCCAUACUCGCACCUGCGCCUUCGCACCAAGCCCUGGCCCUGGGGUGAUGGAAACCACUCUCUCUUCCACAACUCUCACACCAACGCCCUGCCCACUGGUUAUGAGGACAGUCACCACUGAGAACAGCGCCACCUGGUGUGCAGGAUUAACUUUGCACCCUAAACCCUGUUCCUGCUCUGAGUGCUCAGCGGCUCAGCUUCUGAAUGACACAAAUAAACCACGUGUCUUUUUAUAAACAUGAAUAUAAUGUGUUUAACACAAAUAUAUAAUAAAUAAUCAUUCUAA